AUGGAAGCACUUCAUUCAGAUAUACAAAUGAAGAUUCUUCUUCAUUUGCCUCCGAAACCUCUAGGGAGAUGUGUCUGCGUCUCAAAGAAGUGGGCAUCGAUGAUCCGAGAGAAACAAUUCAGAGAUCUCUACUUGCUCCGAUCGAUGACAAGACCUCGCAUGAUGUUCACGAUCAAGAUAAGUGAAACAGAUGCGUACGUUCACUCUGUUCACCAAGCAGAGGAACCAUUCUUAUCCUCCGAUAAACGACGUAUGCAUGUUCCUCUAGAGUAUACUAGCAUGUCCCAAUCCAUCCGAGGUUUGAUCUGUCUUCGAAACGGAUUUAAGUUUGCGUUAUGGAAUCCGUCUAUAAACAAGCAUCUGACGUUACCGGAGAUCCAGCACCCACGUGAGCUUGCGACGAUAACAAGUUUUCUCGGAUACGAUGAAGCUACGGAUGUACACAAGGUGUUAUAUAUGGCAAUCUAUGUCUAUGAUAGACCAUCAAGAGCUAAGGAGUUUCAAGUUUUGACGGUGGGAGGAUCUUGGAGACGGGUCAGAUGUAAGCAUCGCCAUUAUCCACUUACUGAUGGACUAUGCAAAGGAGGAGUUUUGUACUAUGGAGCUACGUCCGGUCGAGGGAAGAAAUCUCUUGUGAUGAGCUUCAAUGUAAGCUCUGAGAAGUUUAGUGUGAUUGAUUUACCUGAGGAAGUCAAGCUUGGUAAUAUUUGUUAUGUUUGGAAAUUGGUGAACUAUAACGGGGAAGUGGCUCUAGUGCAUGACAAUUACGUAAAUGGAGUAGUGAGAAUGUGGGUUAGGAAUGGAGUCUCAGGAGAAUGGAGGAGAGACUUUGUUGAGAUUCCUCGGUGGAGAGAGAUUGUUGGGGAUGUAUACUUUUCUUUCAGAGGUACGGUUGGUUCAGGAGAGCUCGUUUUCACGGCGCACGUUCACCGUGACAGCUCAGACUUCAUCUUGUAUUACAACAGAGUCACACAGAAUCUAAGGAGGUUUAUAGCUGUGGGACAAGAUGUAGGUCAUCUUCCUCAUGUUGAAACAUUCUUGGAUCAUGUCGACAGUGUUUUUCUUAUAUAA